UGGGUGGUAGCAGCAAUACAGCAACGACAGAAAAAAGGUAUUUCAAAAUCCUUCCAUCCAUUGUCGACUUGCCGUCCCCACAAACAGCGCAGAUUUUCUCCAACCUUAUGAGCCCCAUUGGUUCCAAAUCCCGUACCCAUCAAUCAAAUCCCAUGGUCAACUGGCAAAGCUUCUCUCUGUCAGCCUCAGUCAUUUCUGUUUAUGCCUUUCUAAUCAACGAGUCAAUUCAUGGUCCUCUAGAAUACCUUCUUGUCAAGCUUAAAUUCCGACCAAAUACUGUGUUCACAACUUAUAGCUACAAGCAAUGCAAGAGAUGGAAAACCCAAAAGCUUCAACCGAUCAUCAGCCUGAGCCGAGGGACACUUACAGAGUUGCUUAUAUAAUCCAUUUCCUGCUCGGUGCAGGCAAUUUGCUUCCGUGGAAUGCUUUCAUCACGGCCGUUGAUUACUUCGGUUAUCUCUACCCUUCCAAGCAUGUUGAAAAGGUUUUCUCUGUAGGCUACAUGAGCUCCUCGGUGCUGGUUUUGGUUCUUAUGAUGAGUUCGGGUCGCUGCAGCACGAAGUUGACUCGUAGAUUUAGACUUAACAUGGGCUUUUCCAUGUUUCUUCUCUCCCUAAUGGUGGCUCCAACUAUAGACUGGCUGUCGCAUCGUAGUUGGUCUGAAGAGAAUUGGAAUGCAGCCUAUCUGGUGACGGUCGCAGCGGUUGUAAUAUGCGGUCUAGCAGAUGGGUUGAUAGCAGGAUGCUUGAUAGGAUCUGCAGGAAAGCUUCCGAAACAGUACAUGCAGGCCAUUUUUGCUGGAACUGCCUCUUCAGGUGUGCUGGUUUCAAUCUUACGGAUAAUAACUAAGGUUUCACUUCCACAAACACCAGAGGGCAUGCGAGCGAGCGCUCACUUUUACUUUAUAGCCGGCACAACCGUCCAGUUUUGCUGCAUUCUUUGUUGCAAUUUGCUAUACAAGUUACCAGUCAUGAAGCAGCAUUACAGAAUUGUUGGAGAUGAUCCAUUUUGCUCGAGGCCACAGUUUUGGACCACUGCAAGGAAGAUAUGGUGGCCAGCGCUCGGGAUUCUCAUGAUAUACGUAGUGACCCUGUCUGUUUUCCCUGGAUUUAUAGCAGAGGAUUUAGAAUCGAAGCUUCUCCGGGACUGGUAUCCUGUUUUGCUGAUCACAGCGUAUAAUGUGGCAGAUUUCAUUGGAAAGUCUCUGACUGCAAUAUGUGUUCUACAGAGUAUUAAGAAAGCUACGUGGGGUUGCAUAGCCAGGCUUUUAUUCUAUCCACUUUUCACCUCUUGCCACCAUGGACCAAAGUGGCUCAAGGGUGAAAUACCGGUGGUGGUGUUUACGUUUAUGCUCGGACUGACUAAUGGAUACCUAACAAGCGUGUUGAUGAUCCUAGCCCCCAAGACCGUACCAGUAUCGGAAGCAGAAUUAUCUGCAAUUGUGUUGGUCGUGUUCCUAGGAAUCGGUUUGGUCAGUGGUUCAGUUCUAGGUUGGUUUUGGGUCAUCUGAUCCGUUUCUCGGCUCCCUUGUCUCCCCACUAGCUAGUUUUCCUUG